UAAUUUUUAAGUGCAUUUCCAAAAUUAUUCAUCAUCUUCAGCUGCAUAAUAGUAUUACAGACAGUAAUUAUCAUCAUUACAGAACUGUCAGAAUCAAUAUUUACAUUGAUAGUCUCUCUCUUGCUCAAAUAACAAAGUAUACCAAAGGUAAGUUAGUCAAAAACACUAAGCUCCAUUUGGAGCAUCAGAUGGCUGAAGAAUCUGUAGACAGUGGAAUUUCUAGUGAACUGUAUACCACAAAUACUGAUCAUAAUCAGGGUCAUUCAAACAUCGAUUCACAACUGUUAGCACAUAACAACAAUAAAGAGGAAUCACAAUUAAUAAAAUUUGCGAACACUAUUGUUUCCCCUUCAAAUUCUCAUUUUCAGUUUUAUCAAGAAUGCACUGCACCAAGAAAACAUGUAGUCUGCUUUGGAAAUUAUCCAUAUGAUAAUUCUAAGCCAGACUGCCCUCAUUUUUCUCCUCUUCAAAAAAGAAACAAUUACAGCAAGAAUAAAUAUUUUGAUAAGCAUCAGAUCUUGAAAAAGCUCAAAAAAACAAAUUUCAGUUCAGUUGACUCAGCAUUUGAAACAAGUUUCGAGUCAACACUUUCACUUGUAUCAAGUUUAUCUGGAUCAGUUAGAAAUUUGAACUUGACACCCAAGUGGAGCUUUCAAUUUGAUAAUUUAAAGUAUACCAAUUUUUGUGAUUACACUAACUUCAUUGGAGAAUCGAAUAGAAACAUGACCGAUAAUCCAAAUAAAUCUGUUUAUCAAGAUUACUAUACUUGUGAUAAACAGUCUAAUAGAUACAAUUUGAAUGAAAGUAAAAAUGUAAAUCCUCGCGUACAUUUUGUUCCAGAAGAAGGCACAAAUAAGACGAAUUUACCUGGACCAAGUAGAGCAGUUUCAGGAUACAGUGCAGAUUUAACAGGGGGCGUAUGUGAUCAAAGCAAAAUGUUAUCUCAGUUGCGCUCAGCACGUGACUAUGUGUAUAUGCCAACUAAUCGUACAACAGUACAGCAAGGACUUGGGACUUGUAAUACUCGUGCCGGGCAGUUGUUGUCCAAUUGGCAACGUCAAAAACAACAACAGCAACAACAAAAUCAGCAACAAAGUCACCUACGUGAUACUUUCACGGAGGGUUUAAUCUCUAAUCUGGAUCAACUGACCGAUAGUAAAUCCAGAAACUUACCUAAUACUCUUGUGAAUCCUUAUUUUCAACAACAAACAGGUCAAAUAAGCCAACAGCAACAGCAAACACAACAGAUUCAAAACCAACAGCAAGCGAAUUACCAACAACUAAUUUCAGCUUUGUUAGCAGCAGCCUCUGUGAAUAAGUCACGGGUGGAAUCACAACCAUCUUUCAUGUCUAAUAUUCCAUCCAUUGACUCAUCAAUGAACCAACAAAAAUUCAUUGCACCAAAUCGUUGGUCUGAUUCUGAACUUGCCAUUAAUAAUGCGAAAGAAAUCCACUUUCAAGCACAACAGCAACAGAUCAGACAGCAACAACAACAAGCGACUGCAGCAGCGGUAGUAGCUGCCGACGCGGCUGCUGCUAUGGCUGCUAUGCAGUGCUAA